AUGUCUCAUCCUGGUCGAAAGUCUCGCCAGCACUAUUUUAAUACUGCAGUACCUCGUGAACGUUGCUACUUGCCUAUUUGCAAGACUUCAAAAGAUGCGGUGAUCAACCUGGGCCUACUAUCACCAGUAUCACCUUAUGAUUCUUCUCAUAUGAUGGGAAUAACAAA